AUGGAGCGUGGGCACGCAAAGCAGUGGGCGGAGGCCCUGGAGCUGCUGACGGAGAUGCGGCAGCUCUCCAUCAAGCCCAGUGUGACGUGCUUCACCGCACUGAUCAGCGCCUGCGGCAAGGGAAGCCAACCCGAGAGGGCCCUCGAACUCUUCGAGGCGAUGCAGGGGGAGGGCGUGGAGCCCACCACGGUGACUUAUAACGCGCUCAUCAGCGCAUGCGGCAAUGGGCAGAUGCCGGACAGGGCGUUGGAGAAGUACGCAGAGAUGCAGGAGAGGGGCUUGGCCCCCAACGUGGUCACCUACACCUCCCUGAUCCGUGCGUGCGGGCAGGGCCCCCAACCCGAGCGUGCCUGGCAGGUCUUCGACGCCAUGAAGGAGGCCGGCGAGAAGCCCAACGUCAUCACGUUCGACAGCUUGCUGCAGACGGCCGAGAGGUGCCAGGACCCCGAGAGGGGCCUCCGCAUCUUCGCCGAGAUGGAGUCGGCCCGCGUCGCGCCCUCGCUGUUCGCGUACCACAGCCUGGCGAGCUGCUGGAGGAGCCGGCCCCUGCCCCGCGCGCUGCAGGCCCUCCGCAGCGUGGAGCGCGAGUGCGGCCCGCUCGGCGAGGCCGCGCGCUCGGCCAUCGUGAGGGUCUGCGACCCGGGCGCGGCCAGGGGCGGGCGGGCGGGCGCCGCCGCCGCGGGCGCCGCGGGCGAGCCCGAGCGCCGCAGGCUGCCGGUCACCACCGCGGCCUGCAACGCCCUGAUCAUCGAGUGCAGCAAGGGCAGGGCGCCCGAGAGCGCGCUGGAGGUGCUGGCCGAGAUGCAGGAGGCGGGGCCCAGGCCGGACGCCGUCUCCUAUAAGGCGGCCACCCGGGCGUGCGAGAACAGCAGGAUGCCCCAGCGGGCGCUGCAGCUAUUCCAGGAGAUGCUGGACGAGGGCAUGCCCCCAGACUUGAUGGUCUGCAACUGCGCCAUCCGCUGCUGCGAGCAGCUGCGCGAUGCAGAUAAGGCGAUGGCGGUGUUCCAGAAGAUGAGGGAGAUGGCGGUGAGCCCAAACGCGAGCACCUACGGAACCCUGAUCAACGUCUGCCACUACAAGUCGAGCGACCUGGCCAUGGGCUUGAUCAGGGAGAUGCAGGACAGCGGGCUGACGCCCACGUGCUAUGCUUACAACGCCGCCAUUUGCGCGUGCAGCGGCGCGAGGCUGAAGAACGGCAAGAUCGUCGUGCACAUAGAGAUGGCCUUGGACCUCUUUCGCAGCAUGAAGGAGGCAAAGGUCGCGCCCGACGCUGUCACGUACACCACCCUCAUCAGCGCCUGCGAGAAACGAGGGUGGAUCGGCACCGCCGAGAGGUUGUUCCGCGAGAUGGCGACCAACGGCCCCGAGCCAGAUUGCAUCGCCUACACCGCUUUGAUCAGCUGCCUGGCCAGAAGCAGAAAGAUGGGGGAGGCCUUGAAGCUUCUGGACGAGAUGCGGUCCAAGGGCGUGGCCCCAAACGCCAUCACCUACAGCACGCUGGCGUGGGCGUGCAAGAAACACGGCGACCACGCGAGGGCCCUCGAGUUCAAGGAGCUGGAGACGAACUGCACUCCUGCAGAGCGCGCACGCCACCCACGCCACGGAUCGAGGAGCAAUCGAUAG